AUGCAACUACCCAACAGAACCAAAAUAUCAUAUGCUCUUUGGGAUACAAAUGCUCACAUCAUCCGCUCAAUCUUCACCGAAGUCGCAGCAACAUGCCCCAAGGCAUUCUGCUGCGUCGUCACCAACCCCGUCAACUCCACUGUCCCCGUCGCCGCCGAGACUCUCAAAAGAGCAGGUGUCUUCGACCCGACUCGCCUCUUUGGCGUCACUACUCUAGACGUCGUACGGGCAUCUACUUUCGCCGCACAUGCCACAAACACCGACCCCAAAGCCUACAAAGUCCCUGUCAUCGGCGGCCACAGCGGAGCUACCAUAUUGCCGCUUUACAGUCAGGCCCAACCGCCAGUCACUCUUGAUGAGGAAACUUUGGCGGCUGUUAUUAACCGGGUGCAAUUCGGCGGUGACGAGAUCGUGAAGAGUAAGCAGGGAGCGGGAAGUGCUACUACAUGCAUGGCGUAUGCGGGAUUCCGCUUCGUCAAGGCUAUUUUGGCAGCCAUGGGUGGAGAAACAGUUACCGAGGAAGCCUAUGUCUAUCUUCCUGGUGUUCCUGGUGGUGAGGAGAUUGCGGCUAAGCUUGGGGUGAAUUAUUUUGCUGUUAAGAUUGAGAUUGGAAAGACAGGGGCUUCGAAGGCGCUGUCCUUUGGUGAGGUUUCUGAGAAUGAGAGGAAGCUUCUGGGAGUUGCUAUCGAGGGGUUGAAGAAGGAUAUUGCUACGGGGUUGGCUUUGGAGUAG